AUGUCAAUCAACAACCGUCCACCAGAUGCCCUGUCCGUGCACUCGAGCGAGAGCCUCAGCGGACGCACUUUCACGUCACUUUCCAAGUCGAAACCCACGAAGGAGACCGGACUUUGCCCGUCAUUCUUUGCCUUGCCCCGGCUCGUGUUCGCAGUCGCUAUUAUCCAAUCGAUAAGCCGCUUGGGUGACGAGAAGAUGCUGGCACGGGUACCAGCAGCUGCUGCUGUCUACGGACCACUGGAUGGCAGCGUUGGCUACAAUCCCGAGAGCGUCGCGCCACUGAGCAUGGACAUCGAGUGGGACCCUUACGUACAGCGCAAGCAGCACGGCGUCGGAUUGCAGCCAAUGGUGCGAGUGAUGCGGAACGACCGGACGCCACUGAACACGCCGUACACGCCACAGCUCAUGAAGCUCCACUUGAAGCGGCACGAGGCAUACGAUGAACGAGACGAGUUCGUUGAAAGGCCGGGCAAGCAACUUGUGACGACGGUCAGGUCCAAGCUCGCGCUCGUGCUCCAGCCGGUGUACAAGAUCCGCGCGGUGGUGAAUCGUGUCGCGAGCAUCGCGGUGCCAAGGUUUAUUCAAGACACUGCAUUCUUUGCCAAGGUGCGGCCGUGGAUUGUCUGGUACUUCACGGCUGUCAUUUGUGUACCGUUUGUCAUGCUGAUAAGCCCGUUGCUGAUCGCGCUCAGCAUUUGUUUGUCACCAAUUUGGAGUGCUGGGAUCGCGCUUUUGCUUGUUCGCUUGAUGAUACGGAAUUACUCUUCAUCGCUUGGGACGGGAUCCAGACACGAAACGGAAGAAGAUGAGACGGAAGAAGAAGAAGAAGAAGAAACAAGUCUACAUCAUCCUAACUCCAUUUACCGACGUGCGCACCUCACGAACAACUGUAACCAGCGGGGAUACGGUUGA